CAUCUUUUCAGAGCACUCACGCGUAUAACCCUCAUUUGUGCUUAAAAGUACCUUCGCCUUUAACCAAAUGCCUUGUCACACCCUCGAAACAAACUCCUAAAAUGGACAAAAUAACCUCCUUUGCCCCAACACCAUCAUUUCUGGCCUAACAAGGACGACAUGCAUCAUUACCUUAAUAAGACCCGCCCCUUCCCAGCAGUCAUUUAGCUGAACUUUUCCUACAAGACUUGUCCAUAAAUACUCCCACAACACUUCCUCAACUGGGAAGUAUACCCGAUAUUUUGAGCAAAGUUAGAAAUACAAAUGGGGAUUUUAAGAUAUCUUUUUGUUGUCAAUCUUCUUGUUUCUUUGACCUUUUUUUCUGUGUCCUAUGGAGAUCCCCUUGUUCCAGCAUUAUGCAUCUUUGGGGAUUCCGUUGUGGAUGUGGGAAACAAUAACAAUCUACCAACCCUGAUAAAGGCUAACUUCCCUCCCUAUGGAAGAGACUUCCUAGGCCACAGGCCUACAGGGAGGUUUUGUAACGGAAAGCUGGCCACGGACUACACAGGUAAAAGAAUCAGUACCAUGCUGAAGCGCUUGCACCACUGGAAUCAUUUUUGUUAUACCAUACGUUCUAACAUUUACUGCAUCUUUUCCUCUUGCAUAGCUGAAUACCUUGGGUUCACGUCCUACCCACCUGCUUACCUUAGCCAAGAAGCCAAAGGAAGCAGCAUCCUCACCGGUGUGAACUUUGCAUCUGCUGCUUCUGGUUAUUAUGACGGGACAGCACAGCUAUAUGUAUGUACAUCUCAUAGUAGUCUCUCUCUUUCUUUCUUUCUUCCUCAGGUCCUAGAAUCAGUCAAACAAGCUCAUCCAGUUUUCACUAACGAAGUAAAUUUCUUUUUGUGUUAUCUGGUUUUGCAGCGCGCAAUUUCCCUGACACAGCAGCUACAGUAUUACAAGGAGUGGCGGACCAAAGUUGUGAAUGCGGUUGGAAAGGCCAAAGCAAAUACCAUAAUUUCAGGAGGAGUCCAUCUCUUGAGUGCGGGGAGCAGUGAUUUCAUCCAGUACUACUACAUUAACCCAAUGCUCAACAGAGCCUACACGCCCGAUCAAUUCUCAGACAUUCUCAUGAGAUCUUACUCUACCUUCAUUCAGGAUUUUUCGAAUCAAGAAAGGCUUGCUGUGGGACUGGUACAAUUGAGACAUCGUUCUUGUGCAAUUCCAGGUCAGUAGGGACAUGCUCAAAUGCUACAGAAUAUGUGUUCUGGGAUGGUUUCCAUCCCUCGGAUGCUGCUAAUGAAAAGUUGGCAGAGAGUCUACUAGAGCAGGGAUUUGAUCUCAUCUCUUAGUGCCUACUGCAGUUGCAACAUCACUCACUAUCCCACUCAAGUCCACUAGUUAAAACUACUUUAUGGAUGUUAAGAGUCACAAAGGUGUUUCCAAUGACUUUGAUAGUAUAGGUAGAAACCUCCAUGGCUUUGAAAAGAGGACCAAAUUAAGCUAUAUCCAAUAAAGAACAUGUUUAUUCUGAUUGAUCUCAGAUGCUCCAAAUAAUGGAAAAGAAUUGCUUCAUGACUGAA